AUGGACUCGAAACUUAUGGGUAAAAAUAUGCCUCUUGAAGAAUAUCUCGCUCUCUUGGACCAACAGAACAAGGCCAAGAAGGCUAAAGAAGCAUCUGAUAAGUCCAAAAUACUCAAGAAAGAGCUAGAAGAGCGUGAGAAAGGGUUUAAUGUGUUCAUCUCUGGAGCUAACCAAGAGAGAGCUGAUGCUGCUAACCGAAAAAUCAAAGCAAAAGAUGCUUCUAAGAGUACUAAAGUUCUCGAUCAACCUCCUCGUCGGAAAUGGGAACCCCAAAGUAGUCAGAGCUCCUUCGGAAAGCCUCCUGAUGACCAAUACAUGAAUCCGUUUGAGCAUCGGUCGAACUCAUUCCUUUCUAGUAAGACAGAUCUAGAUAGCCCUGUCAAGGAUGCUCCUAAAGUUCGUAAAAAGUGGGAUAAAUAAGACCAAAAAUGCUUUUGAUUAUGACAACGAUGAAAAUGAUUUUCUAGAAGACCUUGGGUUCCAUAAAGAUGAUGGGGUUGAAGACAGCAUUUCUAAGUUUUCCUCUCAUGUAGCGUAUAAUAACGACAUGCCGAGGAAAUCCGACUUAUGACGGACAGAUUCGAAUGUGAUUUCUGAAGAAGGAUUAGAUUCCAGCUCGAACAAUGUCAGUGUUAUGCGUCAGACAGAUAGAAUUCCCACUAGAGAAGAUAUUGAAAGCUCAGAUAAUGAAGAGGAGGAUAUGGAGAAGCUAGUCAUGAACGCCAGCAAUGCUGAACUAGAAUUCAUGCGACAGAGUCUCUCUAAUUUUCAAGAACUCAUGGCUCGUGAGACUCAAGAAAUCAAUAAUUUCCGUAAAGAGACCACCCCUCGAAUUGAUGAAAAUGAGCACGAAUCUGAUGAAGAUUAUAAUGACGAUUUUGAACCAGCUGAUGAAGACAGUGAUGAAGAACCCCAGAAAGAUGUCUAUGAAAUAAAGUCAGGCAGUGCAGAUUCUAUAGAGGAGGAGCUCGACAUUGAGAAUGAUGAGGAUGAUACCACCAAUCCUAUUGAUAACACUGUGGAUGAGAUCCAGAGAAAUAAAAUUUCGUCAAUGAAGCCUCCCACAAGCUCUGCCAAAAGAGCCGUAUCUGCUCAAUAUCAGCUUAGAAGCUUGAAGCCAGGCAAACCUAAGACUACCAGGUUUAAUAAUUAUGAAAAGAGUCAGAAAAAUACAGUCAUCAAAGCUCUCAUGGAAGAAAAUGAAAAAUUUGGAAUCGGUGAACCAGAAAAGCGCAUGAAAGCCCAAACAAAAGAGUCAAGACCAUUCUCUACUUUAAUGAGUAGGGAAAAACAACUACUAAAGACGGAGAGGAACCAAGAGGAAGGAAAGUAUGAGGACAUUAAAUUAGAGAUCAAUGAUGAAACCUCGAACACAGAUUUCGAAAGAGAGUCCUUACCUUCAAGCCGUCAUAGAGAUCAAAAACCAACAGGUGGUACUACAUUACUGGAAUCUGAUAGUAAGAAGUUGGAGAUCUUGCACAAGAUAGAGCGUUUGAGUGAAACUCAACGAGCACAGUUAUUCCUAUUGUUAGAGCACUUGGAGAAAGGAAGUCUGUCUAAACUUCCAAGUGUAUAAUCUAGUCAUACCCAUUUAACUAAAUUCCAC